ACUUUUAUUGGUAUACUUAAGCUCUGUUUUACCAAUCUUUGCAUCUUAAACGUUGAAGUUCUUUCUCAUUCUCGCAAUUCUUAAUCUAGUUGGUUGAAGAAUAAAGAUCGUUGAAGCCUCUCUCAAUCGUCUCUGGAGGGAUGGCUCUUUCCUUAAGCCGUUAUGCUUCGCCAUACCGCGAUAGGUUAACUCCCAUUUUAAAAGAGAGAGACAAAAAGGAACGGGAGAUGUCAGUAGUAAUGACAACCAUGACUGGCCAUCCUUUGCCUGAAGAUGUGGUAAUUGAGAUUUUAUCACGACUGCCCGUGAAAAAUCUAUUGCAAUUCAAGUGUGUUUGCAAAUCAUGGUGUGCUGUCAUUACAAGUCCCAAUUUCAUAUCCAAGCAUCUAAGAAAUUACUAUAGCAAAAGUGACAGCGACUGCCUCCUUGUCCAGUAUUGCAUAACCCAAGCGGGUGAACUUGAAUCGCUUGAGGUGUUGCUCGACGAGACACCUAGAGUUUUAUCAUACGCCUCGCUAGGUAACAUGCCGUUUCGCAGUCCAUUUCUUUGUGGUCCUUGUGAUGGAAUAUUUUAUUAUAUGUAUCGCGAUUGGUAUGAUUUUCGUGCUCUCUGGAACCCCGCAGUUGAUGAAUUAAAAUUUUUACCUCCCUUACCCAAUCCUCCAUCCAAUUUUUCUUAUAGUCCACAACAUGAUGCUUAUGGUUUUGGAUUACAUCCAGUAACUAAAGAUUACGAAGUGGUGGUUAUGAAAGAUUGCCGGCGUGAAAAACAGGAAGAAAGGGGAGGCAGGUAUCCUUUACGUGUAUUCGUGUACUCAUCUAGUACCGGUUCUUGGAGACAUUGGGGAGAUUUAUCACGUUAUUAUUAUUUGCAAAAUAAUAAAUGUUACAUUUGUAUGAAUGGAGUAUUUUUCUGGUUGGGGUCAUAUGGAAUAUGUGGAGAUCCUGAAGUGAUUAUUUCUUUUGACAUGGCUACGGAAAUCUGCCAAGAGAUACAGCUACCAGAUUGUGGCAAGUCAUUUCAUCGUCAGUGUCUUGCAACGUACCAUGACUCCCUCGCUAUAUUGGAUGUUCAAGAGAAGUUUCUUCAUAUGUGGACACUGAAUGAGAGGUGUUGGGUAAAAAAAAUUUCUAUUGGGCCUCUUCCAGAAAUUUCGUAUCCGAUUGGGCAUUGGAAGAACAAUAAACUGAUUUUGGUUUCUGACUCUGGUGAACUAAUCUUAUGUGAUCCCAGCACUCAAGAAAUAAGUGGUCUUGGAUUAACUAGGUGGGUUCGGUGCGUAGGAGUUUUUGCUUACAAGGAGAGCCUCGUUCUGGUGAAUAAUGGAAAUGGCUGCGAGCAACACAAUCAGAAAACUGACAGAGAAUCUGAUUUUGUAAUCAGGAGUCGAAACGCUAGAAACGAGGAGUGUUUUCUCAUGGAAUCAUAUUAUGAUGGAAUAAGUAAUUUAUUUGAUUAGUGUUCUAUGUAGUAUUAUGCUGUCAUUAAUCCUUUACAGGCAAGUUUUAUCCAUAUAUAGUGGAGUAAUCUAGAUGUCCUGAGUUUGAGCUUGUCUAAGAAA